UGUGUAUUCCCGGCGCGGUCCAGCUGCUGAUGGUGCAGGAGCGCAGUGAUAGCGUCCAUGUGACCCAAAUAGUACAGAACAGGCCCCCAGACUAUUACAGUGGGUGUCAUUGAGACCCCUACAUACAGGCUAAACGUGAAGGAAAAGCUGCAGCAGAAGAUAAAGUAGACGCUGGAGGGAUAUUCACUCAGGUGAGGAGUAAGAAAAAUAAUCAGAAGAAUUGUCCGUGAGCCGAGAAGACCUGGAAUAAGCGGGUACUGCUCAAUGGGAAAAAGGUUCAUCCCCUACUACAGGCGACACAGAUGACAAACACCCUUUGAUUCCCUUAGAAAAUUCUACAAGACUCAAUAGAAGAAUCCGCCUUGAUGAUAGACGUUCUACAUUGGUGGAGAUGCCAUAAAGCAAUCCAAUGGCAAAAACUGGAAACCAGUCAUCUGUGUCCAUCUUUCUGGUGGUGGGUCUAUGUGAUGCUAAAGACCCUCAGGUUCUGCUGUUCCUCGUCUUCCUUGGCAUCUACCUCAUCACAGUUGUCGGUAAUAUUGUCAUUCUAAGUGUCAUCACCUCCAGCCAGCGUCUGCACACCCCCAUGUACUUCUUCUUAGCCAACCUUUCCAUCAUUGAUAUCAUUUUCUCAUCGGUCACUGUCCCAAAUCUUCUGUUCAUUCUGGUCACAGGUCAGAAGGCCGUCUCUUUCUCAGGCUGUGUCACCCAGCUAUCAUUUUUCCAAUUCUUCGUGGUGGCAGAAUGUUACCUCCUUGCCGUCAUGGCGUACGAUAGAUAUGUGGCCAUCUGCUUCCCGCUCAACUACACCCUCAUCGUGAGCCGGGAGGUGAGGUUCAGGAUGGUCCUUUCUUGUUGGGCUUGUGGUCUAGUAAACUCGGUGGUCCAAGCCAUUUCAAUCUCCUGCCUUGACUUUUGUGGCCCGAAUAAAGUGGACCAUUUCUUCUGUGACGUUACUCCUCUCUUUAAGUUGUCUUGUUCUGACACGAAGCUUGGUGAAGCCAUAUUUUUGUUUGUAGUCGCAGUUGCUGGGAUGGGGCCAUUGACUUUUAUCUUGGUCACCUAUGGCCGGAUCAUCGCUGCGGUUACAAAGAUUAGCACCAGCAGAGGUCGACAAAAGACUUUCUCUACUUGUGCCUCCCACUUCACAGUAGUGGCUCUAUACUACGGCAGUGGGAUCUUCAGCUAUAUCUGGCCCUCCUCUACCUAUGCCAUGGACAAAGAUGUUAAGGUGGUGGCCGUGCUCUACACCAUCAUGACGCCCAUGCUGAACCCCAUUAUUUACAGCCUGAGAAACAGGGAGGUAAAACGGGCACUGAAGAAGAUGCUGGGGAGCAAGAAUAUACAUUGAGUUUUUUAACAUCUACCACAUUGUCUUCC